CACCUCUUUCCCUUGUUUCUCUCCCCCAUAUCUUUCUCUUUUCUCUUCUCCAUCUCCCCAUCUCUUGUCCUUCUGCUUUAUUCAAUCUAUUCAAUCUAUUGAAUAGAAUCAAUCUAUUCAAAUAGAAUUCAUCCCGGGAGCAAGAUCUGGCCUGUAGAUUUUUUGAGGAGAGCCCUCCGAGGAUCUUUCUGGACUCAACAUGGCUUUUGGGGAACUCCUGGAGCAAGUCGGUGGCAUGGGACGGUUCCAACUUAUUCACACAAUGCUGCUGACCAUUCCAAUCUUGUUCAUGGCCAGCCAUAACCUUCUCCAGAACUUCACGGCCGCUAUCCCAGGGCAUCAUUGCCAGGUACGCCUCGCCCCCAACGGCAGUGAGUACCCCAAUAUCACUCAUCCACAACUUCUCCGGGUCAGCAUCCCCAUGGACAGCAAGAAAAGGUUGGAAAAAUGCAGGCGCUUCACGGACGCUCAGUGGGAACUCCUCAACGCGAGUGUCACCCGGGUGAACGAGACGGAGACCGAGCCGUGUGCCGAUGGAUGGUUUUAUGACCAGACUCAGUUUACGUCCACCAUCAUCAGCGAGUGGGACCUGGUUUGCGACCGGCUUAAACUUCGGGAGAUGGCGCAGUCCAUUUACAUGGCGGGGGUGCUGAUUGGCGCUCUGGUCCUAGGCGGCCUGGCUGACAGGUUCUGCUUUCCAGUAUGGAGAAGGAAUUGUCUUCCUGCAAGUCCAGCUACACCAUUUCUGACUUGGUGCGCACGCCGAGCAUCCGCCGCAUUUUCUUCUGCCUCUCCAUGGUGUGGUUCUCUGUCAGCUUCUCCUACUACGGGCUGGUCAUGGACCUCCAAAAUUUUGGGGUCAGCAUUUACCUCAUCCAGGUGAUCUUCGGAGCGGUGGAUUUUCCCGCCAAACUGAUUGUCACGAUCACCAUGAGCUACAUUGGACGGAGGGUCAGCCUCACCGGCUUUCUGCUGACCGCCGGGACCAUCAUCAUCACCAACUUAUUUGUGCCCUUGGAAAUGCAGACGCUGCGGACGGCGCUGGCAGUCAUCGGCAAAGGCUGCCUCUCGGCGGCCUUCAACUGCGUCUUCCUCUUUACGACAGAACUCUACCCAACCCCUGUCAGACAGACCGGGCUGGGUUUCGGCAGCACCAUGGCCCGCGUAGGGGGCAUGGUUUCCCCAUUGACUAACGUCUUAGGGGAUUAUUACCCCUUCCUCCCGCCCAUCGUGUACGGGGGGCUCCCCAUCGUGGCCGGAAUGAUCGCCUGUCUUUUGCCGGAAACUUUGAACGUCCCGUUGCCAGAUACGAUCGAAGAUGUUGAGAACAGAUCCAAAAGGACGAAAAAGAAGAACGAGGAAGAGAUUGCCCAAGAGAAAAUCCUGCUCCAGAGGCAGGACAAAGUUUUGUUCAAAGAGACCUGUUGACCAAAUGAUUGUGGACAUGUAUUUGCAAAAAAAAUUUUAAAAAGGAAA